UUUCGAAUGGUUAGUACCUAUUAAGAGAUUUGCGUGUAUUUUAAUCAAAUGAAUUAAAAGAUUUUUGUUUUUUAAACUGAAAAAGUGUUAAUAAUUAAGUAUUAUUAUAUUCAAAUGCAAAGCAUCCUUGUACAGUGAGUUUUAUGAACAAAGUGCUUUUAUUAAAACAAAUUUUGUGAUAUGAAAAACAAAGAUUAAUUUCAUAAAAUUGACCGACAGUCUACGACAAGCUAUAAAAAAAUGAAAGCAACAACUUUGCUAAUUUUAUGCAUUUAUGGCAUAAACUUAAGUGCUACUAAUCCAGCUAUUCAAGUUCUUGAUAAACAUGAUCGAUAUGACAGUUUUAAGAAUGAAUAUAUAGAGUUCGACCAGCAGGAGAUAAAAUCUAGCGCUGGAGUCUAUUUUGAUGAAAUGGCCAAUCUUCAAGUCUAUCACUCCGAAUGGACAUUUGUUACUUAUGUUAAUUUAUCGUAUUUUGUGGAGGAAAUGAAACAUCUAGAGAAAACAGUGGAAAACAUUCAAAACUUGUGCGAUAGUAUAAAAAAUGAAUUUUCGCUUUCAGUUUCAACUUCACAUUGUGACCAUACAUUGCCACAAUUACACAAUGUGAUGGAAGAAAUAAAAAAUUAUGAAAUAAAGUGGUUUUUUGAUCUGAAAGCGGAUACGAGAGAUCAAAACUUAUUUGACCGAUCCAAACGAAAAAAGCGCAACCUGCUCGGAACCAUUUCCAGGCGCUUGUUCUUUUCACUACCUGAAGAAGAUGUUGCAUUUUAUCGGAAUCAAAUCAACGUAUUAAAAACAGAAAAUUUGCAACACGUUUUAUUUGCAAAUAAUCAAACAUCUUUAUUUAAAGACACAAUCAAGGUAUUGAACAAAACAAUGAAUUCGCAAAUUGUUCAACAUUUGGCAUUACAGAGGCAAUUUGAUGAUUUGGAAUAUUUGUUAAAUAAUGCCACAGUAUUGAGUACGUUAACUGGAAAAUUAAAUCAACUGAUGCAGUACACGACAUUUGUACUCACCAGUUUUUCAGACAAACAACGACGCUUUUUUGAUCUUAUAACAUCAAAAUCGAAAAAUGUGCAAUGGAUUGCACCAAAAAUGCUUAUGGAUGAACUGGAGCGUGUUAAUAAACUGAUAGCAUCACAAGGACUCCAUUUUCCGUUGCCACUCAGAGAAAAUCUAUCAAAAUUUUACCAAAUUACAUCAACAGAAGGGGAAAUAAUCGAUAAUAAUCUCGUACUUCGAUUCUCUGUACCUUUGGUCGAAAUGAAAAAUUUUAUUGUUUAUAAAAUAUUGAAACUACCAUAUCGAAACCAAAGCAACGAAUUUAGUUUUAUCAGUCCAAAAAAUGAAUAUAUUGCACUAGAUUCGCCCAACGAACAAUUUUUUACUUUAACUCUUGACGAACUCAAGAGUUGCCAUAAAAUUAAUGCAAAGCAUCGAAUUUGUAAACAAAGUUUUCCCAUCAGGCGAACAACUGAUGAUUUGGGAUGUGAAAUAAAUUUACUACGAAACACAAAUGUAACACAUACAUGUGAUAUUAAAACGAGUAAUUUAACCGAAGAUAUUUGGGAGAAGUUGCAAAAACCAAACACUUUUCUGUAUACAUUAACAAAAGCUCAAACAGUUGAAAUCAUUUGCCCGCAUUCUCGAACAAAAUUGAUUUUUCAAGACACGGGCAUCAUAACACUGUCGCAAAAAUGCAGAAUUAAAACUGAGCGAAUAGAAAUUAGAGCCCUUGAAAAAACAGAGCAGAAAAACGUGCAUGAUUUAAUUCCAUCAGCAAAAUUUAAUUCAAGCGCAGCAAUCGAUGUCGAAAAAUCAAAACAUAUUAAAAGUCUUUCUAACUCAAAAUUACCAGAAUAUUUAAGCGAAGAUGAUAUCAAUCAAUUAACACAGAUUAGUGAUAAUAUCAAUCAUUUAAAAGAAAUUUAUAAAUCUCCUCCAAUCUAUGAAUCCCAUAUAGGAAAUGACAUCCAUCCUAUUAUAUUAUUAAUUAUAGCUGUUAUAGUGCUGAUAUUAAUUGUUGUAGUCAUUGUUGUAUUUUUCAAAUAUUGUGCUAUUCCAGGCUGUAAUAUACUCAUAUAUUUAAUAUUAUUCGCAUUAGUCAUUCCAGGGGUCUUAUAUUUCAUUUGAUCUGUGAUCGUCUUGCUCUUCAUAAGAACAAUUCAAUAGUUUUAAUUUUGUUGAUAGUUUAGUAAUUGAUUUAGUUACCAAAAUUACAAUCCAAAAAUAUCGAUAAAAGGAGUAAUUUAAAAAUUCAUUUAAAUUUAUUAUUAGAUUGGACACUUUAUGAAUUUAUAUAAAUAUUUCUGGUCAUCUAUAAGUAAGUUUUGAAAAAUUCCAGAGUUAUAGCAAAUAUUUUUUAUAUGUUGAUUGUUGUUAAAUUAUUUCACAAAUUGUUUUUUACCAAAGUAUAUAUUUUGGUUUACUAGGCUGAUCGAAAAUGACGUGACUUUUUGAAUGAAAGGUGUCACUUUUUCCAAACUGAUAUUAUUUUUUAGAAGACCAUCCUUCAAACCGCCAAAUCACAUCAUCACCAUUUCUUCAAAAAAUGCCAUUUUCAAGGUGUUCGUUUCCUUUUCCUCUAUGACCCCAUCUAUGGGGCCCAUCCGAAAUCAACGGAGAAUUUUCUUGUGGCUCUAGUAAAUAGAAGAGAGUCCGAACAAUACCACCAAGCUCAGUUUUGACUUUGUUGACGGAUUUAUUAUACAAAAAUUGAUGUUUAUUUCACAAAUCGAAUUUCGUUUUUUUUUGUUUUUCGAGAAAAAGCAGAGGUUGGUCUCUUUUGAAGCUAUGUAACUUCUGGGUCCAUGGACGGAUUUGGUUCAAAUUUGUGAUUUAGAGGUUUGAAGGGUAGUACUUCUCAAAAAUAAUAUCAGUUUGGAAAAAGUGACACCUUUCAUUCAAAAAGUCACGUCAUUUUCGAUCAGCCUAGUAGUAGCCAUUUAAGAUAUAAGAAUUUGUUUUUGAAAGUAUACAUAUUACUUAAGACUGUCAUUUAUUGAAA